GGGCCGGGCCGAGCCCCGGGCGCUGCGGCGACGCCGGGAUCCUGCCUCCGCCGGGCCGGCUGCCCCGAGCCCAGAAGAGGCCGCUGAGCCCCGGGCCAUGGUCCCCUCUCGCAGGACGUGGAACCUGGGAGCCACGCCCUCGCUGCGGGGCCUGUGGAGAGUGGGCCGGGCCGUGGAGCCGGAGCCGGGGAUGGCUCGCCCCGCCCCAGCCGCUGCCAGCCCGGCCGCCCGCCCUUCCCCGCACACCGGCCCGGGGAGGUUGAGAACUGGGCGUGGAAAAGACACGGUCGGCGGCAGCGACGAGGACUCCAGUGGCCGCAGUGCAGCCCGCCCGGCCCUAGCACAGUGUCGAGCGCUCAGCGUGGACUGGGCUGGCCCUGGGAGUCCCCACAGGCUCUACCUGACCUUACAGCAGGCCCUGCAGGACAAGGGGUACGAGAGCAAGAGUCAGGGGACGAAAGAAGAGAAGCUCCUGAAGAGGCCGGCGCCGGCCCCCAGGCGGGAGCGGGAGCGGGAGGCCCAGGAAGCCGGUGGCGCCAUGAAUGUAGAGAAACCAGGUGGGCGGCUCUUUGGCAGCGGGAGGUGCUCGAGCCUGUCGGGGUCGCCAGGGGCGGCCCCCGUUGUACACAGGAUGGUGGAAGCCAUGGCCCAGCUGCAGGAGGAGAAGGCCCAGCUGCAGGAGGAGCUGGUGGUCCUGCGGGAGAGGCUGGCCCUCCACGACAGCGACCAGCAAGUUGCAGCCGCCCAGCUGCAGAACCAGGUGGAAAACCUGAAGGAGAAGCUCAUCAGCCAGGCCCAGGAAGUGAGCCGACUUCGAUCAGAGCUGGGAGGCACCGACUUGGAGAAGCUGCGGGACCGGCUGACGGUGGAGAAUGAGCGGCUGAGGCAGGAGCUGCGGCGCUGUGAGGCCGAGCUGCAGGGGCUGCGGGCACAGCCGGCCGUGGCGGCGGCGGCGGCACCGGCGCCCUGCUCGGGCUGCGAGCACAGCCAGGAGAGCGCCCAGCUCCGGGACAAGCUGUCCCAGCUGCAGCUGGAGGUGGCGGAGAACAAAGGCGUGCUGUCCGAGCUGAACCUGGAGGUGCAGCAGAAGACGGACCGGCUGGCCGAGGUGGAGCUGCGCCUCAAGGACUGCCUGGCCGAGAAGGCGCAGGAGGAGGAGCGGCUCAGCCGGCGCCUGCGCGACAGCCACGAGACCAUCGCCAGCCUGCGGGCCCAGUCCCCGCCUGUCAAGUAUGUCAUCAAGACGGUGGAGGUGGAGUCGCCCAAGACCAGGCAGGCGCUCAGCGAGUCCCAGGCCCGGAACCAGCACCUGCAGGAGCAGGUGGCCAUGCAGCGGCAGGUGCUGAAGGAGAUGGAGCAGCAGCUGCAGAGCUCGCACCAGCUGACCACGCAGCUCCGUGCACAGAUUGCCAUGUACGAGGCGGAGCUGGAGCGGGCGCACGGGCAGAUGCUGGAGGAGAUGCAGUCCCUGGAGGAGGACAAGAACCGGGCCAUCGAGGAGGCCUUUGCCAGAGCCCAGGUGGAAAUGAAGGCCGUGCACGAGAACCUGGCAGGCGUCCGGACCAACCUCCUGACGCUGCAGCCGGCGCUGCGGACUCUCACCAACGACUACAACGGGCUCAAGCGGCAGGUGCGCGGCUUCCCCCUGCUGCUGCAGGAGGCCCUCCGGAGUGUCAAGGCUGAAAUCGGCCAGGCCAUCGAGGAGGUCAACAGCAACAACCAGGAGCUGCUGCGCAAGUACCGCCGGGAGCUGCAGCUGCGCAAGAAGUGCCACAACGAGCUCGUGCGGCUGAAAGGGAACAUCCGGGUGAUUGCUCGUGUCCGGCCAGUCACUAAAGAGGAUGGGGAAGGCCCGGAGGCGACCAACGCAGUGACCUUCGACCCUGAUGACGACUCCAUCAUCCACCUGCUGCACAAGGGCAAGCCCGUGUCCUUUGAGCUGGACAAGGUCUUCUCGCCGUGGGCCUCGCAGCAGGACGUGUUCCAGGAGGUGCAGGCCCUGGUCACCUCCUGCAUCGACGGCUUCAACGUCUGCAUCUUUGCCUAUGGCCAGACGGGCGCUGGCAAGACGUACACCAUGGAGGGAACCCCCGAGAACCCUGGCAUCAACCAGCGGGCACUGCAGCUGCUCUUCUCUGAGGUGCAGGAGAAGGCGUCCGACUGGGAGUACAACAUCACCGUCAGCGCCGCUGAGAUCUACAACGAGGUCCUCAGGGACCUGCUGGGGAAGGAGCCUCAGGAGAAGCUGGAGAUCCGGCUGUGCCCAGAUGGCAGUGGGCAGCUGUAUGUGCCAGGACUGACCGAGUUCCGGGUGCAGAGUGUGGACGAUAUCAACAAGGUGUUCGAGUUCGGCCACACCAACCGCACGACGGAGUUCACCAACCUGAAUGAGCACAGCUCCCGCUCGCACGCCCUGCUCAUCGUGACGGUGCGGGGCACGGACUGCAGCACGGGCCUGCGUACCACAGGGAAGCUGAACCUGGUGGACCUGGCUGGCUCCGAGCGCGUGGGCAAGUCGGGGGCUGAGGGCAGCCGCCUGCGGGAGGCGCAGCACAUCAACAAGUCGCUGUCGGCACUGGGGGACGUCAUCGCCGCCCUGCGCUCGCGCCAGGGCCACGUGCCCUUCCGCAACUCCAAGCUCACCUACCUGCUGCAGGACUCGCUCAGCGGUGACAGCAAGACCCUCAUGGUGGUGCAGGUGUCCCCUGUGGAGAAAAACACCAGCGAGACGCUCUACUCGCUCAAGUUCGCUGAGCGGGUGCGCUCUGUGGAGCUGGGCCCCGGGUCCCGGCGUGCAGAGCUGGGGUCCUGGUCCAGCCAGGAGCACCUGGAGUGGGAGCCAGCUUGCCAGGCAUCGCAGCCCUCAGCACGUGCCCACUCAGCCCCCGGCUCAGGGACCACGAGCCGUGCGGGCUCCAUCCGAAGGAAGCUGCAGCCCUCGGGGAAGUCGAGGCCCUUGCCUGUGUGAUGGACGGCCGGACUCGCUGGCUCGCGGGAGGCAAGGAUGUCCUGGCCCCUCGCAGAAAAAGAAGCAGCAGCCAGUGGCGCGGACGGCGUGAGCUGCAAGGGCGGGCCGGCAGUGUUCGGGAGGGAGGGCUGGCCAGCUCCCCCCAGGCCCGCGGGGCCUCCCGGAAGGCACCAAGGGGCUCUGGCCACGUGUACAUAGCGUUCCCGGGGCGCGGGGCCCAGCCCUCCCUGCCGCCCGGGCUGUGUAUUUAUGGCCGGGGGCCUCAGCUGCUCCCCCGGCGCCUGGCAGCAGGCACUCUGGCAGUCCCCCCCCCCCCCCCAAAGUCCUAUUUAAGAACUUUUGGAAGCGUAGCCAUUUUUACUUCUUAAAAUA